AUGGGGAAACCCAUGUCCCCGGGCAGGAGGAGGAGGCUGUGGCAGAGUUACGGGUUGGAUUGGUUGUUAACAAUCAUUGUCUGGGCCGUCUUCUACGCGCUAGACAAGGUCAACGGCUAUCGUCGACUUUUCUCCAUCACCGAUACCUCUCUCCUCCAUCCAUACGCAGAACACGAACGGAUUCCCGUUUGGGCCCUCGCUCUCAUCGCUGGUAUCUUCCCGUUGUUCGUCAUCCUCGUCUGGGCGGGGGCGGGGAGGAAGAGCUGGUUUGAUGCCCAGGUGGGCGCGCUGGGAUUGGGUUUGAGUCUGGGUUUGACUUCGACGUUUACCAAUAUCGUCAAGAUCACCGUCGGUCGACCUCGUCCCGAUAUCGUCGCCCGAUGCGUGCCCCCGCUCGAUUACACCUCGAACCCCUUGUUCGGGCUCACAAGCUGGACGAUCUGUACCCGGACCGACGAGCUUCAAGAAGGGUUCAGGAGUUUCCCGUCCGGUCACAGUAGUUUCGGUUGGGCGGGAAUGUGGUACCUGGCCUUGUUUGCUGCUGGCAAGAUGAGGAUUUGGGAUAGGAGAGGGUAUACGUUGAAAUCCUGGUUGCUCUUGAUUCCCGUCUCUGCUGCCGCUCUGAUUAGCAUUAGCAGGACCAUGGAUUAUCGGCACCAUGCGACUGACGUGAUCGCUGGUGGAGUUAUCGGAAUCCUCGUGGCCUGGUAUUGCUACAGGCAGUAUUAUCCCGCUCUGACUGAUCCUUGUGCGCAUCGUCCGUACCCGCCCCGUAUCCCUCGUGAUGACGAGGACGGUCCGGGUAGGGAUAUCGAACACGGUGGCGUUCCCGAUACCGACGUCUAUCGACCGGAAGAUCAAGUCGGUGGACGGUUCGAGGGGUACAACAACCGGGUCAGCAUGACGGACUCUAGGACCCCGCUGGUUUAUGGCCAAGGUUCGACUAGGCAGGCUGGAUUGCCCCAGCCUCCGAUCGAGAGCUAUGCCUCCCCUGCUCAUCACCAACAUCCGCAGCAAUAUCAAUCUUACGCACAGCCUGGGCCGGCUGAUCAGGCCGGUGGCAGGCUUAGGACCAGGACGGAGGAUACGGUUACCGAGCAAGUACCACUCGACGGACUGAAGGGAGGAAGGAGGAGUGGGGAAGAGGGCGUCAUCCUGCAACCUGGCCAAUCCAGGCGGGGCGAUGAAGCAUUCCUCUAA